UUAAUUUCCUCAAACAUUCCAAGCGUAAGUUUAAAAUUACGUGUCUUUAGCCGUCCUUAUUACUCAUUUUCCAGCCAAUGCAGCAUUACAAACCUUGCAGUGAGAGCCGCUAAGCAAGUGACAUGAUAACGAUGGCUCACGUUCAAGGGAAAAAAGGAUCUUUGCCGAGAAAAGGCAAGCACUGGUCGCAACGCGUCCGAGAAGCGGUCGUCGUAAGAAGUUCUGAUGGGAGCUUUAAUUUGAAGAUAGACGGUGGCGCCGAGAACGGCGAAUUUAUUGUUAUCGGCGGAAUAAAAGAAGACAAAGUUAAAUACAAGAAAGGAAAACUCUUAUGCGAUGAUAUUGUGCUGGAGAUUAAUAAUCAGCCUGUUGCAGGAUAUACAAGACCCGAUGUGUYGACGCUGAUCAACAAAAAUGGAGGGGACGCGGUAUCGAUGAGAACCGUAAAACCAGGACAUGGAAUCACCCGAGAUCUUCGCGAAUAUUUGGCAGCACGAUUCGAGAAGAACACCAUUGAUAAUGAUCUACAGCAAACUAUACGAGAAAAUCUUUACAGAAGAACAGUUCCUUGUACUACACGAGGGCCUCGUAAUGGUGAAAUUCCCGACGUAGACUAUGUAUUUCUAUCGAUGGAUGAGUUUCUACAGUUGGAGAGAAGUGGUGCGCUAUUAGAAAGUGGCAUCUAUGAUGGGAAUCAUUAUGGGACUCCCAAACCACCCAAAUUACCAGUGGGUACCUUGACUCGUAAACAUCCGCAACAACAGUCUGUGACUAGGAUGUCAAGAAGUCAUGAAGUUCUACCAGACUACAAUGACAGAUCAGCUGAUUUUCCUGGACCACUGCCACCAAACUGGGAAAUCGCAUAUACAGAAUCAAAUGAAAAAUACUUUAUCAAUCAUGAAACUGGUACUACUCAAUGGUUGGACCCAAGGCUUGCCAACUCUAGGAAAAACCGAGGAGAAGAUUACAGUGAAGAUGAACUUCCUUAUGGUUGGGAAAGGAUUGACGAUCCAAAGUAUGGAACAUACUAUAUAGAUCAUGAAUCAAGGAAGACACAGUUUGAAAAUCCUAUGACUUCUGCACGUCGUCAUCACGAUGCCAAUCAGAAUUCUUACUAUGAUGAAGAUCGCCCAGCUCCAUAUCGUGGACCACCAAGUUUCACUUCUGCUACUGCACACGCCAAGGCACAAGAAGCUGAAGCCAUGUCAAGGUGGCCCCACAUAGGCCUCGAUCACAGCCAACCCCCAGCGUACUCUCCCAACCACAUGGACCACAAAAAGCAAACAUACAACAUUGGUGGAAGACAGCUGGAAGGUGAAUUGAUAAGAACUACCCUCCUCAAGGGGUCCAGGGGUUUUGGUUUCACGAUAAUAGGAGGUGACGAACCAGGUGAACUUCUACAGAUCAAGAGCAUCGUAACUGAUGGUGCUGCUGCUAAGGAUGGAAAGCUUAGGACUGGAGAUGCACUUGUAAGGUUGAACGGCCAGCCAGUUGUCUCAAAAACUCACCAGGAAGUAGUCAGUAUAUUCCAGGCAAUGCCAAUGAAUGAAGGUGUAGAGCUUGAAAUGAUCCGUGGAUAUCCUCUUCCCUUUGAUCCUGAUGAUCCUAACAUUGAGACUAUUGGAUCAUACACUGUCAUGAGGUCACCUGGCAGCAGAGCUGAUUCUCCAAGUUACAAUCAAGGUGGGCUUCUACAGCCUGGAACAAAAUUGGGUUUCCAUAAGUCUGCAUCAGACCAGAGCUUGACAUCAAGCAAUGCCUCUGGAGGGGGGAGACAUUACCGUUCAGGUGGAAUAGGAACAUUCCCACGAACUUCUACUUCUUCAACAAUGUCAAGGAAUGCUCCAGAGAUACAUUACGUCCGUGUCGUCAAGGGUCCCAUGGGUUUUGGCUUCACUAUUGCCGACAGUCCAUAUGGACAGAAAGUAAAACAGAUCCUGGAUGCCCCGAGAUGUGCCGAGCUCCAAGAGGGUGAUAUUCUUCUUGAAAUCAACAACAAACAGAUCCGUAAUUACAAUCACAAGGAGGCUGUAGACAUGUUACAACACUGCCCCAAAGGGCAAGAAGCUCUGAUGGUCAUUCAGAGAGGAGGUAUUCCAACCCCUUUGAAGAACAGUCCACUCGCUGGCAGAAGACAAGAGAGAUCUCGUCCAAAGUCCACACCACCAAUGGGAUACAUGGAUAAUGACCAGAGACGUCCUUCGCAGUUUUCUGACAGAGCUGGCAGCUGGGGCAACCUUGCUACCUCAGGAGAGAGUACCAGGAAUCAAGAGACUGGUUAUGGCUACAGGGAUAGUCAGAGUUAUCCUUCCUUGAAAAGAGGGAUGGGCGUAAGGAGGUCUCAAGAACAUCUGAACGGGCCGAGUGACGAGUAUGAGGUGUUUACAACCAACAUCAGGAAAGGUACCAUGGGUUUUGGGUUCCGAGUCGUUGGCGGGAAAGAAGAAAAUACACAGGUUUCUGUCGGUACUGUGGUACCUGGUAGUCCAGCUGAUAUGGAUGGUCGACUUCAAGUUAGGGAUGAAAUCAUCCGUGUCAAUGAUCAGAAUGUGAUUGGCUAUAGCCACCAUGAAGUGAUCGCCUUGAUACAUGAGUCAGCCAAUACUGGCAGAGUGUCUCUUGGGAUCAAAAGGCCCCGAACAUUAUCCGGAAGGUCCACUCCAGUACGUCGUUCUUUUGGUUCUAGCCAAGUUCGCGUCAGCUCACGUUCAGCCGGUGAUUUGACCGAGUUUGGAAACAGGAAUGGAAGGGGUUUUCAACCUCCUCCUCGUACCAGCUAUGGCAAAGAUAGAAGACGAAGCGAGUCAGACAAGAACGAACCAGAUAUUCCUGUCGGAUACCGAGACGUCACUCUGACACGAGGACAAAAAGAAGGCUUUGGUUUUGUUAUUCUUUCUUCUGUGCGAGAAAGUGGUUCGACUAUUGGGCGCAUAAUCCAAGGAAGUCCCGCUGACCGUUGUCGCCAGUUGGCUGUGGGCGACAGGCUCGUUGCUGUGAAUGGUACUAGUAUUGUUGGCAUGCAUCACAGUGAAAUUGUCGAUACCAUCAAACAAUCUGGGACCUCGGUUACUCUUACCAUUGCACAGAAGCCUCUAGAAAAUGGAGAAGCAAAACUACCCUACAAAAGCGCACCUAAUGUUAACCGAAUCGGUGAUGGCUAUGUUUCUGAUCAUGAAGAUUACAGACGAAACAGCCAGAGGAGCUUCGAUAGGCAGAGAGAAGAAGAAGAAGCUUUGGAAAGAGAGCGCGAGAGACGCGAACGUGAAGAAAGGAGGCUGCAAGAGGAAAGGAGGAGAGAAGAUGAAAGGAGAGAGGCAGAAAGAAGAGAAGCAGAGAGAAGAGAAGAGGAGCUGAGACGCGAAGAAGAAAGGAGAAAAGAUGAAGAAAGAAGAUGGCGCGAGGAACGAGCGGAGGACAGACGUUGGGAUGAAGAGCGAAGGCGACAAGCUGAUAAGAGAAGAUUUGAGGAAGAAAGGAGACAGCCAGGAAGGAUGGGAUUUGAUGAUAGGAUGGAAGUCACGAGGAGAAGGGAGGACGAAACAAGAAGAGAAGAAGAAAGGAGACGAGAAGAAGAAAGAAGGCGAGAGGAUGAAAGAAGGCAAGAGGAUGAAAGAAGGCGAGAGGAUGAAAGAAGGCGAGAGGAUGAAAGAAGGCGAGAGGAUGAAAGAAGGCGAGAGGAUGAAAGGAGAAGGGAAGAGGAUAGAAAACGAGAAGAAGAAAGGUUAGAAGAAGAAAGGAAACGAGAACAAGAAAGGAUAGACGAACGAAGACGCGAGGAAGAAUUCAGAAGACAAGAAGCUCUUCGUAAGCGCGAAGAGGAAGAAAGACUUCAGGAAGAGCUGAGGCGAAGGAACGAAAAGAUCCAAAUGCAAGAAGACGAAGCUCGAAGACAAGAAGAACGUAAACGAGAAGAAGAAGAACGAAGACGACGAGAAGAGGAACAAGCCAGACAACCUAAGAAGGCACCUCCUCCUGUACUCCCAAAGCCUUCCAAGGCUAAAAUACAACAGGCGAGAGAAGAACGCCAUAGCGUGCGUUAUGGCACAAUGCCCGCGCGCCCUGCACCACAGGACACCCGAUACAGGAGACAUUCCGGCGGUGAUUUCAAACCUGAACCACCUUCACGCGCCUUCAACUCGCGGGGAAAGAGCGAGAGUGACCUCUCGCGAGCAUUUCGAGGGUUUGACGAUAAUGAUGUCUUUGAAGUUGAACUUCACAGGAAAUCUCAAGGAUAUGGAUUCAGCAUUCGAGGAGGCCGUGAGCUGAAUAUGCCCAUAUAUGUUCUCAAGAUUGCCGAAGGAGGGAUAGCUGACCUUGAUGGCCGUAUUAAUGUUGGUGAUGAGAUCCUGGAAAUCAAUGGACGUAGCACCAAAGAUCUUCUGCACACGGAUGCUAUUGGAAUGAUCAGAGGAGGCGGCAGAGUCAGACUCACCCUCAGGAGGAGCCUCAGAAACCCUCCAGUCUUCGACGAUUAUCUUCCAAAUGGAGGUCCUAACAGAAGCCUAUCUCGCAGCCAUCAGCAAGGACGUCCCAGCUCCGGCUCCUAUGAGCACAGCCGUCCACUAUCGUUUUACUAGAAACAAACCAACAAAACCUUUGCACCAAUCACGGCACGUCUCCAGCAAGAAACGUACUAUGCACUAAACUCGUGCCCGUCACAGAAAGUCUUCACGUCACAUCAAACACAAACCACGUCGGGAUGUUUGAUGCGUAUCGCUCUUCAAGGACUAAGGAAGCUUGGCAAGUACGAAGAAGCGAUGAAGGAAUGCCAAAUGAAGUAUUUUAAAAAUAUUUUUAUCAAGAUGAAACCGCGAGGUGUUCUUGGUAAAAGUAACUGUGACAAAAUUGCACACUUCCGGUGGAAUGGAUACCGACCAUGUAUGGUAAUCAACCCCUAACAAAUAAUCAAACCCUAUCAAAAACAACCAAUCAGAGCACCGUAUACAAUUGGCAAGGAAUUAAUGUAAAUUGACAAAUGGUUUGCUUACGUCAUAAACAAUAUAUGCUAUUGGCUGGAAAUCACGUUCUAUAUCCCAUCACGUGAUAAGCAGCUUUAAAAAUCUAAAGAAACGCAGCGUGGAAGAAAAAAAUUCUAAGAAAACCAAACUAGUUUUAAUUACUAUAUAAUAUACUAUAUACUCCUGAUAUUUUAUCCUUUUUAAGGAAAAAAACAUGUCUACAUCUAUGUUAAAUUUUGAAGACGAUUUUAGCCAUUUACGAAUCUUUGUAGUCCAUUUUCUAAAUACAUAAUGUAAAUAUUUCACAAAAGGCUUGUCGGAUUCUCUAACUCGUACUUUUACAAAGCUAAACAUAUUUUUCUGCGAAUUCUUACGAUCUUUUACAAAGUAAAAGCCAUUUGUAGUAGACUUUAUAUUUCUAAUCGUUCUAGUUUUAUCGCUAGUCUAGUUUUCAAAUCAAACGGAGCAUCCAAUGAUAAUAUCUAUUAAUCUAAUUUUAAUCAUAUAUAGUUCAGUAGUAUAUUCGUUACCAUCACUUAAGAUGAAUUUCGUAUCAUAGAGCAAAUCAUUAAAUUUUUAAACUAAAUUAGGACAUAAUUUCAUUUCUUAAGCAUUUAGUCAUUUUACUUCUAGAUUAUAUCAUAGUGUUAAAUAAAAGCUUAGACUUC